AUUUGUGGUCUUUCUUAAGAAUACAAAAUAACAUUUACAAACAUAUUAUUUAACUGAGGUGACUGAGGCAACAUAGAAAAGCAUGUCUGAAACAGUGAUACUGGUGUGUUAGUCUGGAACCUUGAGGUAAAACAGCCAGUGAUGUAAAAGGUCAGAUAUCUUUAUAAACAGUUUUGAAUUAGUGCCUUGCUUCAGUAGCGAAACUCACAAAUGGAGUUUAACAGUUUCAUGUUUUCCUGUUAUGUCCACACUUAGCAGUGAUCUCAUGAUGCAGCACCUACGUAAGAACAAGCUGAUUAUUGUGAGAUAUAGGUCGAUUAUUAUAGGCGUGCCGCACUAUAUGGCACCAUUUUGAAUGGUUUCUAUUUUAAUCCUUUUUGAUACACACAUGCACACACACACACUCACACUCACUCAUAUAACACUGUUCCUACACACUCACUCUCAAAUGGGUGCAAAUGAUUUCCAACAACUCCCUCUACCUAAAAUAAGUGAAUAGUUUAAACACAAAAAAAAUGUUUCAAGCAGGAAACAAAAUCUGCUUGACACUUUUGGAAAAGCUGAUACACUUUUCCUUGAAAAAAAAUAAUAAAUAGAAAAAAUACAUGCAGGGCGGGAAAAAUAAAAGACCUAGAAUGAUUAAGUGCUGGAAAGGCCAUCAGUCAGAGGCAGAAACUCAAAGUCCCCGCUUUUUCUUAAAAUACAAAAAUGGAAAGAAUACGAAUACAUGCAUACAGUGCACCCCAUAUCGGGGUGAUUCACACUGAUGUCAAACUGGACAACAUUAUGAUGGUGAAUCACGACCAACGACCCUAUGAAGUCAAGCUGAUAGACUUCGGUCUAGCCAUUCCUAGGUCACAGGCCAAGAAAUUCAAACCGGGAGUAUUACAAUAUACGUAAGACAGAUUAUUUGUUUUAAUAUACUGGAAGGAACAAAUAGUUUACUAUUUUUACAGUGAAGAAGCAGCUGUGUGCUUCCUCCCUGUAACGUGUUCUCAUGUAAACAUCCUGUAAUGUUUCUCUUCCACAUUCAGGUCUCCAGAAGCUUUUUUGGGUGGUGAAUUUAAUGAGGCCAGUGAUAUGUGGUCCCUGGGCUGUGCCAUGUUCGAGAUGAUCCGUGGUGUUGAACUGUUCAAAGGAUACAGUGCAUAUGAAACAACUCCUUCAGAAUUUUUUAAACGUCACCAUAAACUAGCCAAGAACAAACGUGGGUUGAAAUGUCUGGAUGACCUGAAAGCAAUGCGUCUGGAGGAAGAAAACAACACUGAGGCUGUUGAGCGAGAGCAGUGUGUCGAGCUCCUGAAGGCCAUGCUGGCAUUUGAUGCAGAUGAGAGGAUCACUCCCUGUGAAAUCCUCACUCAUCCAUUCAUCACCAAAGUCUACCGGAAUGUCCAGACUUUAAAUGAGGACUUUGAAUGCGAGCCUCCUGCUGCUGGCCUGGAUGAUGAAGACAACAGUAACAUCCAACCAGGCGACUGCCCUCCAUCUCCUGAAAUUCGAUCAGGAGGUAUGAUCCUGGUUCAGCCCCACAGUUCAGCCGAGAACUCAACACUGCUGGAAGAUCAGGAGAGUACAGUCAGUGAGCCCACUGCUGCUCCACUGAGGGAUCAAGAAAGCAGUAACAUCCAACCAGAUGACUGCACUCCAUCUCCAGAAAUUCUUCCAUCAGGUGAGAUCCUUGUUCCACCUGUGACAGCCGAGAACACAACGCUGCUGGAGGAUCAGGAGAAUACAGUCAGUGAGCCCACUGCUGCUCCAUUGAAAGCAGUAACAUCCAACCAGAUGACUGCACUCCAUCUCCAGAAAUUCUUCCAUCAGGUGAGAUCCUUGUUCCACCUGUGA